AUGGCGGCCGAAGACGAGAAGGUUCCUAGCAAGGAGGUUCUCUCUUCCGGGAGCAACGAUGAUAGCCCCCCCCAGGAUGAGGAAGCCAGCGUGGGCGGCGGAGUGCUGAAGCAAGACCUUCGCAACCGGCACAUGCAAAUGAUCGCUAUUGGUGGUGCUAUUGGGGCUGGUCUCUUCGUCGGUACUGGUGGUGCCUUGUCGAAAGGCGGGCCGGCAUCUGUGGUUAUUUGCUACCUCAUCGUCGGCAUCAUGUUGCUCUUCACCUGCCAAGCGCUCGCUGAGCUGGCUGUGCUGUAUCCCGUCAAUGGCGCCUUUUACUCAUACGUUGUGCGCUUCAUUGAUCCAUCAUGGGGUUUCGCGGUUGGCUGGGAGUACACGAUCUCAUGGCUCUGCCUCCUCCCUUUCGAGCUUAUCGCGGCUUGCAUCACCAUUGAAUACUGGCGAGAAGACAUCAGCAUGGGCGUCUGGGUCACCAUGUUUCUGGUCACGUUGUGUUUGAUCCAGCUAUUUGGUGUUCGGGGCUAUGGCGAGGUUGAGUUCAUCCUGAGCAUGGUCAAGGUCGCGGCGUGCCUGGGCUUCAUCAUUCUCGGCAUCGUCAUCAACGUUGGCGGCGUCGGCGACCAGGGCUAUCUCGGCGCCAAGUACUGGCAUGAUCCCGGAGCUUUUCGGAACGGGUUCAACGGAUUCGCGGGCGUGUUCGUCAUUGCUUCCUUCUCCUUUGGCGGUGCAGAGCUGGUCGGAUUGGCCGCCGCCGAAAGCGAAAACCCGCUCAAGGCGAUCCCGAAGGCGUCAAGGCAGGUGUUCUGGCGCAUCGCUUUGUUCUACAUCGUCAAUCUCUUCAUCGUCGGCUUGAUCAUGCGGUCCGACGACAACCGGCUGCUCAACUCAUCGGGGGCCAACACCAAGGCGUCCCCUUUCGUCUUGGCCAUCCAGGAUGCUGGGAUCCAGGUGCUGCCAUCCAUCAUGAACGCUGUUAUCACCGUUGCUGUCGUUAGCGUUGCCAACUCGUGCGCCUUUGCGUCGACUCGUACCAUGCAGGCUCUCGCGCUGCAGGGGAUGGCCCCUCGCUUCCUCGCCUACAUCGACAAGCAAGGCCGGCCAGUAUGGUGCGUGGUGGUGCAACUGGUCUUUGGACUCUUGGCUUAUAUUGGCCUCGCCUCGAGCGGCACCACCGUUUUCAACUGGCUUCUCGCCAUCUCCGGCCUCUCGUCAUUCUUCGUCUGGGGCAGCAUCUGCCUGACACAUAUCCGCUUCCGGUAUGUGUGGAAGGCCCGCGGUUACAGCCUCGAUCAGAUCCCGUAUCGGCCCGGCGCUGGUGUCCUGGGCAGCUGGAUUGGUCUCUUUCUCAACAUCGUGUGUCUGAUCGCCAGCUUCUACAGCGCUCUUUAUCCCGAUCCCAACUCGUCUCCCGAUCCCCAGACGUUUUUCCAGGGUUACCUCGCGGCCCCGAUUGUGAUAAUUUUAUACCUGGGGUGGAAGAUCCGCACACGGGAAUGGAGGUUGUGGAUCCCGGCCGAGGAGAUCGAUCUCACUACGGACCUGCGACUUCACGUCCCGUCGGAAGACGAUGAGAAACCAGAGCUGAGCGGAUGGAAGAAUUUGCCCAAGCGCAUCUGGCGCGGGUUGUUUUAG